CUCUCUUUACUCAUCACCACGCGAAUUUGUUGAUGUAUUUCCCUGGACUCUGCCUUUACUAAAAUCUCGAAUCUAGACCUAUAGUUGUAAUCUAGUAGCAGAUAGCAGAUUUCUGGAAUCCAGUACAUUCAAGAGAUUAAACGAAUUGCACUAGACUCAAGUAGUAGGACUCUUCUACUUCGCUACUUCUAGAUUUAAUGAACCUUCAUUCCAGAUUACAAAGGCCAAGCCUAGCUAGCUUAUUGGCCCCUGUCAAAGAUUGGGAUGUGGCGGCGGGUUGACGAAAGGGAAAAACGCGGAGCCCAUCGCCAUAAUACACACACAGCGUGUCCGGUCAGAAAAAAAAGCAACUUAGCCUCAUGUUAACCGAAUCAUCUGGAGGCCUACAAGCCUCCUUCCUAUAAGCCUUCGUACAGUCACGUACUGACCUGAAAUCGACAACCGUUGUUGGGUCGUGCUGACCCAUAAUGAGGAAUGUGACCUUCACCCUUCGGCCUCUUUCUACCGCAAGUCGUGUGCACAGUGCUUAGAGUAGACAAGUGGCAAGUGAUGAUAGGAAAAUAAGGACAACAACUGCUAUUUAGAAAGACGCCAAUAAAGACCCAACUGUACAGAAACCCGAGAAAUAAAGCCAUCGUCGGAAAUGGCCUCCCAAAAGAGAGUGUGCGUCAUCGGAGCCGGUGUUUCUGGGCUGUUAGCCAUCAAGGAAUGUCUUGCUGAAGGAUUCCUGCCUACUUGCUACGAAUCAGAUUCUGACAUUGGUGGCACCUGGAAUCAGUCCAAAGACCCAGCCCAUACCCUGACGCCAAUGGUAUGGGACAGCCUUGUGGUGAACACACCAGGCUACCUCACGUUGGCCAGUGACUUCCCGCCCCCGCCGGAGCUCACGCCAUAUUUCUCCUGGAAGGAAAUGAAGUCCUACUGGGAUAGGUAUGCCGACCACUUCAAGCUACGCCCCUACAUCCACCUAAACACGCAGGUCGUGAAGGCUGUGGACUAUCUGCUGUAGACGUGGCUGAAGAUAUUGCGAGAGAUGCAGAGAGUACCGCCAUGGCCCUUGGCCACGGAAUUUGGAUCAUGCCCCGACUGGCCAGCGGUGGAAUCCCGUUGUUGGAGAAGAUCCCCCGUCGCUUUUUCCACUCGCCACACGUGGAAGUACUCAUCAACAACUUCAAGAUGUACGAGGGUGGUCAGUUUUUGGACCACACAGGGAGUCGAGUGCGUCCGAAUGCCCUCCCGUGUGUGUCUCCUGGCGGUGUUUCAAACAAUUUUCAG